AUGACUUAUGCCGUACGGACAGGACGUGAAAAGGAAAAGAAAUUUUUUAUUAUUCCCUUCUUAACGGUUAUCGCCACAUUCAUAAUAUUACUAUUUAGUCUUAUUUAUUAUUAUUCUGGUCAAACACAUACCUAUGAAGACGCAUUAUGGGAAACAUUUACACGUACACUUGAUCCGUGUGCCGCUGCAGAAGAUAAAGGUUUACAUCAUCGAAUUCUAUCUGGAAUUGUAAUACUUUUUGGACUUGUUAUUGUUGCAAUAUUAAUUGGUGCAAUAGUCACUUUUAUGGAAAAAAAAUUAAGCGAAUUAAGAAAAGGACGAUCAACAGUUGUUGAAACCAAUCAUACAAGAUGGUCACCAUUAAUAUUUGAUAUUAUCCAAGAAUUAGUCAUUGCUAAUGAAAGUCAACGUAAUCCAUCAAUUGUUAUUCUAUCCAGUAAGGAGCGUGAUGAAAUGCACGAUACGAUUGCAGAUAAAAUAAAUGAUUGUAAAAAUACAAGAAUUAUUUGUCGAACCGGUGAUACAAUGUUGAUGGAGGAUAUAAAUAAUUUGAGUCCCAGUCAAGCACGAUCCAUUAUUAUAUUGGCACCUCAAACGGAUAAUCCUGACAUUCGAGUGAUAAAAACAAUAUUAGCAAUAAGAAAUAAUCCACAAAGAACUAAAAUUAAUUUUCAUAUUGUGGCUGAAAUAAACGAACGAACUAAUUUAGAUGUGGCAAUGAUUGCAGGUUUGCGACUCUUCUCACAUUUCUAUGUCUCUUUUGUUUGUUCAUCUGGCUUCUCAAUAGCAGUGAAAUAACCAAUCUCUUGUACACGUUAUUUGUUC